UUUACGUAUCGGUAGGUUUACGUUCUUGACUAAUUUCAGCUUAAGAGUAAGCACCAGUAACUCAGCACAGUGCUGAGUUACACACCUCUAUACCCGUGAACCAAGAAUACAUUAGCGGCGUAAAAACUCUGGCAUAUCUGAUUCAAAUUCCUGGCAGGCAUGCUGAGUUAAUUUGUAUUAGGUAGCACAAAUUCAAAUACGAUUUCUACCCCUGACGGAGCACUUAUCCGCAUUUACUAGUUGCCAGCUGAUUUGAUACAAAUUUUGAACUCAAAAUGGAAAGGAGGGAAAAAAUACGAAUGGCAGCUGUUUUAUUGGCAAAACACAAUUUCUUAUUUAAAAAGAAACUUCACAUUCUUCUAUUAAAAUUAUUAAAUAAUAUGAAAGUAAUUAAUGGAUUGGCCAGUAUGAACCUUAACUUGCUGUGCCAAGCUGUGAUUGUUACACCUCCUGAUAUCAGAGAAAGGCAGCUGUCGAAAUUGGAACGCAAUGGAACUUUUUGGGAGCGUGAUGUGCCUUUAAUGGACGAAAGUCGUUUCAAAGAAAAUUUUCGAGUCAAUAGAAAUACGUUUCGAAGAAUUUGUGAGAAAGUUAAAGACAUUGAAAAGGUGGACAGUAAUAUGAAGCCAUGUAUUCCACUUCAUAAAAGAGUAGCUGUCUCACUAUUCGCAUUGGGAUCAGCUGCGGAGUAUAGGACUGUUGCAAGUCUCUUCGGUGUGGGACGCAGUACUGUUGGGGAAAUUCUUUUGGAUUUUUGCCAAGCAGUAUGUGAAAAUCUUUCUGCUUCCAUUAAUUCCUAUCCUCCUAAUCCACAAGAGAUAAGAAAAAUUGUUGAUGGAUUCGAACGCCUAGGAUUCCCGCAGUGUUUUGGAGCUGUGGAUGGCUGCCAUAUAGAAAUUCAACCACCAAAAAAGAGUGCAGUAGACUACCAAAACUGCAAGGGUUGGUACUCGGUGAUCUUGUUAGCGAGCUGUGACCACCGAUCAAAAUUUACCUACAUAAACAUUGGUUCACCUGGUAAAAACAACGACUCUGAUGUUUUCGAAAAUAGUGCAUUAAAAAGAUAUCACGAAACUGCGGAUAUUUUUAACCAGAAUAGCAAACGCAUAUGUGGAGUCAAUGUACCCGUUUUCCUUAUAGGCGAUUCGGCUUUUGGGCUCUCGCGGUAUAUGAUGAAACCAUUUCCAUAUUCAGCGAAUCAGUCUUAUAUAGAAAAAAAUUUUAACUACGAACUAUCUAGAUGCCGUCGCCCUAUUGAAAAAGCAUUCGAGCAACUUAAAGCUCGAUUCAGAAAAAUAGGUCGACGCUUGCAGGUCGCACCAAAAAACGUAAAUAUCAUAAUUAGAACGUGUUGUAUAUUGCACAAUUUUUUAAAAUUGGAAAACGACGAGGUCUAUACCGCUUGGAGGCAAGAUGCCAGAGAAGACUUAAAUGCCAGAAGUCAGCCAUGUCAUACUACAAGAGUUGGCGAAAAUGAUGUGAACGCAUCCGCUAUUAGAAAUGCAAUAGCCGAGAGUUUUCGGGAAGUGGAUGGUGAUGUAUCAGGAAGCGAGAGAGGUGGUGAUGGUGGCGGCAGUGGCACUAGCAAGGGUGACGAUGUUGACGGAGCUGGUGGUGAUGAUGAGCGUACUGAUGGGGUUGCUGAUGCCAGCGACUGAGAGUCUGCGUUUAAUAGGCUG